CGCAUACGUACACUCACCGAGACGACUACUAUUGUCAGUGCCAUAAUCUACCUGGAUGAUUCUGCGGUUUAGGACAGCAUUGCACACGGACAAGCUCCCGCUCAAGCUACCUGGCCGCAAUGGCCGGUAGGCCUCCUGGUGGACAUGCCUCGGGCAAUAAUGACGACCUCCUACUCGAUUUUGGCGACCCGCAACCUACAUACUACUCGGGGCAGCGAGCUCCAGCGAAUGAUGAAGACCUGCUACGAAACUACGACAUAAACGACUCCGAUAUGCACCAACCCACCACUCAACACCGCCCCUCAGAAUCUUACGAUGAUUUUGUUGGAGGAAGACCAGCCGCGGGUCUGCCAGGAGGACCAGGCACGCUGCCUAUUAGCUCGACUCCGUACACUACGGGAGGAAGUAGGCUGUAUUCACAAACCUCAGAUCUCCAUAACUAUCAGCGGUAUUCAGACGUCGACGACAUUGAUCACGAUGAUCAAUCAGUCCAAGGCUACUACGCCUCUGGAGGGACUACCGACGAGCCCACGCCACGUCUUGUGCGACAUGCUUCGGCGCCGAAGAAUAGGAAUAGCAUAAUGAGUUUGGGAGGAGGCCUGAUGGGUCGGGCCAAACACAUGCUUGGACGAAGUCCAGAGUACUCGGAAAUGGAUUUACCAUUGACGGAAACUGGUGCGCGUGAGUCACGAACAGACAGUGGAGGGCUUGAUAGUGCAAAAUACCCUCCGCCUAAGAGGCGCGGCUCUGGAAAAUUCAAGUUCGGAUUUGGACGCGGCAAGCCAGACCCUUCGACAUUGGGGCCGCGCUUGAUACAUCUAAACAAUCCACCGGCAAAUGCUACUAACAAGUACGUCGAUAACCACAUCUCGACCACCAAGUACAACAUCGCUACCUUCCUCCCGAAAUUCCUGUACGAGCAGUUCUCAAAAUACGCCAACCUUUUCUUCUUAUUCACCGCUAUUCUACAACAAAUUCCUGGUAUCUCGCCUACUAAAAGGUACACCACCAUUGUUCCCCUCGGCAUUGUGCUUCUGGUAUCUGCAGUCAAGGAAUACAUAGAAGAUUUUCGCCGCAAGACAUCAGACAAAUCUUUAAACAAUGCCAAGGCGCGAGUGCUGAAGGGAUCAAGCUUUGAAGAUACUCGAUGGAUCAAUGUUGCUGUUGGAGACAUCGUGCGUGUAGAGUCCGAGGAACCAUUCCCUGCCGACUUGGUGCUUUUGGCCUCAUCGGAGCCCGAGGGACUCUGCUACAUCGAGACUGCCAACCUAGACGGAGAGACCAACCUUAAGAUCAAGCAAGCUAUCCCUGAGACAGCCGAUUUGGUGAGCUCUGCGGAGCUUAGCAGAUUGGGCGGGAAGAUCCGAUCGGAGCAGCCCAACAGCAGCCUCUACACCUACGAGGCGACACUGACGGUUCAAGCUGGUGGAGGCGAGAAAGAAUUACCUUUGGCACCAGAUCAGCUCCUCUUACGAGGUGCUACUCUCCGAAACACGCCUUGGAUCCAUGGAGUCGUUGUUUUCACCGGCCACGAGACAAAACUCAUGAGAAACGCGACGGCCACACCGAUCAAGAAGACAAACGUGGAACAUACAGUCAAUUACCAGAUUCUCAUGCUUGGAGCUAUUUUGGUCACCCUCAGUUUGAUCAGUUCCUUCGGCGAUUUGGCAAUACGACUGAAGCAAAGUGGCCAGCUAGGAUACCUUGAGUAUGACGGUUUCAACGCUGCGAAGCAGUUCUUCUCUGACAUCUUCACGUAUUGGGUGCUGUACUCUAACUUGGUUCCAAUUUCGCUUUUCGUCACCAUCGAGAUUGUCAAAUAUUACCAGGCUUCCCUCAUCGAUUCUGAUCUCGACAUCUAUUACGACAAAACUGACACCCCGGCCAACUGUCGGACGUCAUCGUUGGUGGAAGAGUUGGGGCAGAUUGAAUACAUCUUCUCUGAUAAGACAGGCACUCUAACAUGCAACAUGAUGGAGUUCAAACAAUCCUCCAUAGCCGGGAUUCAGUACGCUGACGAAAUUCCCGAAGACCGGAGGGCUACCAUCGAAGAUGGAGUAGAAGUUGGUAUCCAUGACUUCAAGAGAUUGGCAGAAAAUCUCAAGAAUCACUCUUCGGGCGACAUCAUUGACCAUUUCCUGACUCUACUAUCAACUUGUCACACCGUUAUCCCAGAGCGAGGCGAUGAAAAAUCAGGCGCCAUCAAAUAUCAGUCAGCAUCUCCUGAUGAAGGUGCUCUGGUUGAAGGUGCUGUUCUACUGGGAUACAAGUUCAUUGCCCGCAAGCCUCGUGCAGUCACUAUCCUUGUGGAUGGCCGUGAGCUCGAGUAUGAGCUUUUGGCAGUCUGUGAAUUCAACUCAACCAGGAAACGGAUGUCAACAAUCUUCCGUUGCCCAGAUGGCAAGAUCAGAUGUUACUGCAAAGGCGCCGACACUGUUAUACUAGAGCGCUUAGCUGCGGAUAACAAUCCAUACGUUGAGACUACUCUCCAACAUCUCGAAGAAUACGCCUCCGAGGGACUCCGAACACUCUGUCUAGCAAUGCGCGAAAUUCCUGAGCACGAAUAUCAAGAGUGGCGGCGCGUUUACGAUACUGCUCAAACAACUGUCAGCGGAAACCGAGCGGAGGAGCUCGACAAGGCUGCCGAGCUCAUCGAGCAUGACUUUACUCUUCUCGGAGCAACUGCUAUCGAAGACAAGCUGCAAGACGGCGUUCCCGACACAAUUCACACUCUCCAAGAGGCUGGUAUCAAGGUCUGGGUCCUGACGGGCGAUCGCCAAGAAACCGCUAUCAACAUUGGCAUGAGUUGCAAGUUAAUCAGCGAAGACAUGACUCUAUUGAUUGUCAAUGAGGAUAACGCGGAAGCCACCAGGGAUAACCUCUCAAAGAAACUCAAUGCUAUCAAAAGUCAACAGUCAGGGGCUAUGGAAAAGGAUGUGCUUGCGCUAGUCAUUGACGGCAAGUCACUUACUUUUGCCCUAGAGAGGGAUAUGGAAAAGAUGUUCCUGGACCUCGCCGUUAUGUGCAAGGCCGUGAUAUGCUGCCGUGUCUCCCCGCUUCAAAAGGCUUUGGUUGUGAAGCUUGUUAAGCGACAUCUGAAAGCUAUCUUGCUCGCCAUCGGAGACGGUGCCAACGACGUUUCCAUGAUUCAAGCAGCCCAUGUCGGAGUGGGUAUCAGUGGAGUGGAAGGUUUACAAGCUGCUCGAAGCGCAGAUAUCGCCAUCGGCCAAUUCCGCUACCUGCGUAAACUUCUCCUUGUCCAUGGAGCUUGGAGCUACCAUCGUGUUAGCAAGGUCAUUCUGUAUUCUUUCUACAAGAAUAUCGCCCUAUUCAUGACUCAGUUCUGGUAUUCCUUCCAAAACGCCUUCUCCGGUCAAAUUAUCUUCGAAUCCUGGACACUCACUUUCUACAACGUCCUGUUCACAGUCAUGCCUCCAUUUGUUCUCGGCAUCUUCGAUCAGUUUGUUAGUGCCCGGCUUCUGGAUCGCUAUCCCCAGCUUUACCAACUCAGCCAGAAGGGUGUAUUCUUCAAGAUGCAUUCUUUCUGGUCGUGGAUCGGCAACGGUUUCUAUCACUCUCUCGUUCUCUAUUUUGUGUCACAGGCCAUUUUUCUUUGGGACGGGCCACAAAGCGACGGCAAGAACGCUGGCCAUUGGGUUUGGGGAGCGGCACUCUAUACCGCCGCCCUGGGAACUGUACUGGGUAAAGCCGCCUUGAUCACUAACAUUUGGACAAAGUAUACCUUCCUUGCCAUUCCGGGAAGUAUGGUUGUGUGGAUGAUCUUCCUUCCGGUUUAUGCCACUGUCGCGCCCAAGCUCAAUAUCUCGCUGGAGUACCAAGGAGUAAUUGCUCGGCUGUUCCCCAGCCCUGUGUUCUGGGCCAUGAUUGUAGUUCUACCAGCUCUGUGUCUUCUCCGGGAUUUUGCAUGGAAAUAUGCCAAGCGAAUGUAUUAUCCGCAAGCAUACCAUCAUAUUCAAGAAAUUCAAAAAUUUAACAUCCAGGAUUAUCGGCCAAGAAUGGAGCAAUUCCAAAAAGCUAUUCGCAAAGUCCGCCAAGUUCAGCGCAUGCGCAAGCAGCGUGGCUACGCCUUCUCACAGACGGACGAGUCGCAGGCUAGAGUGCUGCAGGCAUACGACACAACACGGGAACGUGGGCGUUACGGCGAAAUGGCCAGCUCGAGAAAAUGAACUGGGUUUUUGGGGUGUUUUAUGGGAGCUAGGGCGUUCGAAGGCGCUGCAGGGACCUGUAACGAGGUGUAUUGUAUAACUCCCCCUCAGCUUUUCUACAGAAGACUAUGAGAAAGCGUGUACUUAAGGGCAGCGGGCAAGUCCGACGUUGAAAUGGAUCAGUUCAAACAGCAACUCUGAGAAAUGACCGGGGUUCCGGUGUGGUUUGGUGAAACGGUCGAUUAGAGCUUCAUUGGCUGUAUAUUUCUCAACUCGAACGCUAGGCUUCGGAAUCCAAAAAAUGGUUGCUAUCUGGGACGAGCUUUUUAUCCGCCACCGUUGCCUUUACUUUUUUAGCACUUCUACCAUUAAAGCGGUUCCAAGCUCUCCUAGAGCCUUUGUAAGACUGACGAAAUAGGCCUCAAAUUAUCCAUGAUUUGAUGCUCAUCAAUGGUCUCUUCCCAAACACAUCCAAAUGAAAGGCAUUUUGCCAAGUCUAUA